AUGGACAUCGUUUAUCAUCCAGGCGUUAAUGGAUCUGAUCCAUGGGUCGAAUUCUAUCCAUACACACCUUCCGCAACGGCAGGUUAUGCUUUCAUGGCCAUCUUCGGGAUAUCAACUAUAGUUCAUAUUAUCUUGACUAUUCCCUUCCGAUCGGCUUAUUUUAUUCCUCUAGUCCUUGGCGGUAUAUGUGAAAUAUUCGGUUACUACGGAAGGGCAUGGUCGCAUGAGUCCCGAACAGAUAUCAGGUCAUGGGCACUACAAGAAAUGCUUAUCCUUUGCUCCCCACCUCUCAUCGCAGCAACUGUUUACAUGGUUCUCGGUCGUAUUAUUCGUUCCUUCGACGCAGAGCAUCUAUCCAGCAUACGCCCAAAAUGGCUUACAUUCGUUUUCGUCACAAAUGAUAUCCUAUGUUUCUGUACACAACUUGGUGGAGCAGGUGUGCAAGUCACGGGUGAUCAGCAAGUAAUGGACAUCGGAAAGAAAGUCGUCCUAGCGGGACUUAUCUUCUCAUUGGUCGUUUUCGCACUAUUUGUUCUCAUUGCGGCGACUUUUCAUCGUCGACUUUUGAAAUCUCCGCCUGGGAUUCUUAUUAUGCAUCCUGGUCUAAAAUGGGCUCCUUAUAUGUGGGCACUUUAUGUGGCUUGUUUUGCUAUUAUGCUGCGCAAUCUCGUGAGAACGAUUCAGUUUGGAGCUGGGAGGACGGCCCCUGUUAACACGAGUGAGGUGUAUAUUUAUGUUUUUGAUGCAUUCUUGAUGUUUUUGUCUAUGCUUGUGCUUAUUGUUUAUCACCCUGGGAGAUUGAUUAAGAAGGCUCGUGGAUUGGCGAAGUUUGACUCUAAUAGAGACUCUAUGGGCGAUACGGGGAGUAGGCAUAUACUGUUGACGGAGUAUGAGCCGGGAAAUUCGAGAGGGUGA